AUGGCCCGCUCAUCUCUGUUCCCUAUCACAUCGGCUCUCAAUGCCUUGCUGCUCAUCUGCAUCAUCCUCAAGCAUGUUGCCAUCGGCGUCGCGCGCUCGACAGUGCGACACGCCUGCAUGGUUGUCCUGUUCCCUGUCAUGCUCUUGCAUAUUCUCAUCAUCGAGGGCUGA